AUGAAUGAGAAGGUGUUCUUGAGCUUUCAUGGCAAAGACGUUCGCACCAAUUUCGCAGACUGCCUCUACAAUUCUUUGAUUGAUGCUGGAAUUCGAACUUUCCGGGACUCAGAGGAACUCCACAAGGGAAACAAGAUUGGGUCGGAGUUAAUCGCUGCAAUCCAGGGAUCGAGAAUCUCUAUUCCCAUCUUCUCGGCAAACUAUUCUUCAAGCAAAUGGUGUCUCAAAGAGCUAACCCAGAUAUCUGAGUGCAGAAGAACAAUGAAUCAGAUCGUGUUGCCCAUUUUCUACAAAGUUGAACCAAGGGAUGUGCGAAACCAGACCGGGAUAUACGCGAAAGCCUUCGAAGAACACCAGAUCAAUAUGGGAAGCUUGGACGACAUGACAAUGAUGCAAAAGUGGAAGGAGGCUAUGAGAGAGGUUGGAGAAUUGGAUGGAUGGCAUUCCAAGGAGGAUACGUAUGAAGGAAAGUUAAUAAAAAUAGUUGUUAAAACAGUUGGGCAUACAUUGAACAAGAGACCCUUGAGCGUUUCUAACAACCUAGUUGGAAUCCAAUUUCAUAUAAAAGAAAUGUUGAUGCUGUUAGAUAUUGAAUCUAAUGACCGAAAAAUUGUGGGGAUCCAUGGCCUUGGUGGCAUUGGAAAGACAACGAUCGCUAGGGCUGUCUACAAUAGAGUCUUUCAUAACUUUGAAGGUUGUAGCUUUAUUGCAAAUGUUCGAGAAACUGCUGAUCAACGUUAUAAUGGACUUGUUCAUUUGCAAAAGCAACUUAUCUUGGAUAUCCUGAAAGAAGGAAAUGAAGAUAUUACUAGUGUGGAUGAUGGAAUUAAAGUGAUCCAGCAAAGAUUCUGUGCAAAAAAAGUUCUAAUUGUUCUUGAUGAUGUGGAUCGGGAUAUUCAAGUAAAAUCUUUGGUUGGGGACCGCAAAUGGUUUGGUGUUGGAAGUAGGAUCAUUAUCACAACUAGAGAUAAGCAAAUUUUAUGUGUUCAAGACGCAGAAGAGAUUUAUGAGCCCAGAGUAAUGCAUAAAGAUGAUUCUCUUCAACUUUUUAGCCAUCAUGCAUUUAGAAGUGAACAACCUCCAGAAAAUUAUUUGGAUCUCUCAGAAGCUAUGGUAAAAACUACUGGAAGACUUCCCUUGGCUCUUGAAGUUAUUGGUUCAUCUUUAUAUUUAAAGGGAAAAGUAGUAUGGGAUGGCAUGCUAAAAAAGUUGCAAAAAGUCCCCAAUAAUGAUGUCAUGGAAAGGUUGAAAAUAAGUUAUGAUGCAUUAGAAGAUGAGCUUCAACAAAUGUUUCUUGAUACUGCUUGUUUUUUCAUCGGAAUGGAUAAAGAUAUUAUUUGUCACAUAUGGGAUGGGUGUGGGUUUUUUUCUCAAGUAGGGCUUGAUGCUCUUUGUGUAAGGUCUUUGGUAACGAUUAGUGAAAAAGGUGAGUUAGGUAUGCAUGAUCUACUUCGGGAUCUUGGAAGGAAUAUUGUUCAUCAAGAGAACAUCGAUGAACCAGGGAUGCGUACUCGAAUAUGGUCUCAAGAGGAUGCCUUGGAUGUAUUGGAUAGACAAACGGGAACAAAUAAUGUUAAGGGAUUCAGUAUUGACUUUGGACAUAUAUCAAGGAGCCAAUGUUUGAUGGGUGAAGGACUUGCUACAAUGACAAGACUAAGGUUACUACAAGUCAAUUCCGCACAAUAUUCUGGAAAGUUCACCAAUUCUUUUUCAGAACUGAGAUGGCUUAGUUGGAGAGGAUGUCCCGAACAAUAUGCAUUAUCCAAUUUUCAUCCAUGUAAACUGGUAGUUCUUGAUCUAUCGUAUAGUAAGAUCACCGAAAACUGGAUGGGUUGGAACUAUAUCAAGGUGGCAGAAAAACUAAAAGUUCUAAAUCUCACGUCUUGUGAUCGACUAUGUAGUACUCCCGACAUUUCAGCAAAUCAACACUUGGAGGUAUUUCUUCUAAAAAACUGUAAAAAUUUGGAUGAAGUCGAUACAUCCAUUUGUUGUCUCACGAACUUAGUCAUAUUAAACAUGAGUGGCUGCGGGAGACUAAAGAAAUUGCCUGAGAAAUUGGGCAGUUUGGUAUCCUUGACAGAACUUGAUUUAGGAUGGUGCAAGAGUCUAGUGGAUCUCCCAAGUGAAGUUUGUAAGUUGAGUUCUCUCAAAAAACUCAAUUUAAUAGGAUGCCAAAAUCUAAAGAAAUUGCCAGAGAAAUUUGGCCGCAUGAUAUCCUUGAUAGAACUUGGUUUAACUUUUGUCGAGAGUGUGGUGGAUUUCCCAAGUGAAAUUUCUCAGUUGACUGCUCUCAAAAGCCUCAGUUUAGGUUCAUGCAGAAGUUUGACAUCCAUCUCAUGUAUUCCCUCAAGUUUGACCCGCCUUCAUGUUAGUGGCUGCGGUUCAAUUCGAUACAUCUCAGGUCUUCACUCCGCAAGUUUGACCAGCCUUGAUGUUCACAACUGCUCUUCAAUUGGAUACAUCUCAGGUCUUCACUCCACAAGUUUGACCAGCCUUGAUGUUCGCGACUGCUCUUCAAUUCGAUACAUCUCAGGUCUUCACACCACAAGUUUGACCAGCUUUUCUGUUUGGAACUGCUCUUCAAUUCAAUACAUCUCAGGUCUUCCCUCAAGUUUGACCUACCUACAUGCUCUGAAUUGCAAGGCAAUGGUAAAACUAUCAAGUACAUCAGGAGAAGGCUUGAGAAAUUUAAAGACAUUAAAGCUUUCUGACUGUGAAGGCCUAGAAGAAAUUGAAGGUGUUGACGACAAAUUGGACUCCCUGGAGGUCUUCAAUAUUUUUUACUGCAAAUCAUUAAAAAAAUUACCAAAACUGACGGGGUCGAAAAAUCUCAGGAUUUUAAACCUUUAUGAGAACGACUUCAUAACCGAUUUUGAAGGCGAGGGGAUGGAAUCUCUGGAGGUGUUGGAGAUAAGGUAUUGCAUAUCAUUAAGAAAAAUACCAUCUCUGCGAGAUUCGAAAAGGCUGAGGAUACUAAAAAUCGAAGACUGUCCGAAAUUAUCAGAGAUUGAGGGACUUGAGGACUAUGAAUCCUUACAAGAAUUAUCAAUUAAUGGGGUCAGAUCAUUAAAAACAUUACCGGAGGAUAUCUCAACCACCCUGGAGAAGAACCUGAGCUAUUUACGUAUCAAUGACUGCUGCUACUCGAUGGAAAGAUUACCUGAUCUUUCAAACUUUAAAGAGUUGAGGGAAUUAUAUAUUGGACAUUACAGGAAGUCAAUGUUACGUUUGUGGGAAUUAAAGAUUGAGGAGAUUGAGGAGGAUUGGAGGAGGUUAUCAACCAAAAUUCCAGGCCUUGACAGAUUGGCGGAGUCCUUGCGAAAAUUGGGAAUAACAGGAUGCAGAGGCAUUCGAGGAUUACCGGAUCUAUCAAACUUCAAAAAAUUGAAUUAUCUGAUGAUUGGAGAUUGCAAGAAUCUAACGGAGAUUCAUGGUAUCAACAGAUUGGAAAACUUAGAGUUUUUGGAAAUUAGUGGAUGCGAGUCAUUAAAACAAAGAUUACUGGAUCUGUCAAACUUACAAAAAUUGAAUUAUCUCAGGAUUGAAGGAUUUAAGAUUCUAACCGAGAUUCAGGGUAUUGAGGUAUUGGAAUCCUUAAGCUAUUUGGAUAUAAGUAGGUGCGAGUCCUUGGAAAUAUUACCCGAUCUGUCAAAUUUGAAAUACCUAAUUACGCUAAAUGCUAAUGACUGCAAGAAGCUAACUGAGAUUCAAGAUGGGUUGUAUAUCCUUGGAAAAAUUACCAGAUCUGUCAAAGUCGAAGAAAUUGCUGUCUCUAAAUUAUGUGUCCUGCUUUCGCCCAACUGA